AUGCUCCACCACUACUUGUUUUUGAUACUGUUAUUAACGAUUCCUGCUCGAUCGAACAUCAUUCAAAUGAUGAAGGAAGACGAUUGUCCAUUGCUGAAAAAUGGCCCCAUUCUGGAGGUUGCGGAGAAAAUUUGCGAAUUUUGUCAUGAAAUUUCUAGCCACGAGAAACCAAACAUGAGAGCUGAAUGCAGAGCAGAGUGUUUCUCCACUGACGUUUUUCGAUCAUGUGUGAACAUCUUUUCCACACCACCUCGACGACAUUCCCGAUCCAAACAUCGAACGCGUCAUCUAUGGAGUUAG